GCUCAAAGCCACGGGCUCGACGAGCUCCCGGGUGGCGGUGGCGGUGAGUCACGAAUCGAGCCCCGUGGGAUUCAAACCCACAUCCUUUCGGACGUCUUUAACCAGUAAACCGCGGCACCCAAGCGCUGCGGGCGGUGAGGUGGAGGAGGGGAUGGAGUGACGUCUCUCCGCUCUCUGAGGAUCCGCGCGUGUUUUUGCAUCGCGCUUCUGUUUUGCAUCUACAUCAGUUUUUCCGAGCGACUCCUGCCCAUCGCCUGUAAGUAACCACGGGAGAAGUGAAAGUGACUCCCGUGGCAUGAAGGUAAAACGCAGCCGCAUCUGAUCGUGACCGCGAGGUUCUCUCUCUCUCUCUCUCUCUCUCUCUCUCUCUCUCUCGCCGUUCGUCCGCGGAACCCUCGCUCGUCGGUUAUCGAUCCUUCCCGUUAUCUCUUCAUCGGUUAUUGCGAACGGGAUCAUGUCAGAAGUGCUGCCCUACGAAGAGAACAUCUCUCACUAUGGCGACGAUGGGGACGAAGAGCAGAUAUCCCUCACCUGUCGUCUGCAGAACAACAGCAGUAACUUCUUCAGUUCUGGGCAGAACAAGCGAGCUCCGAAACUCGGACAGAUCGGACGCAGCAAGAGAGUGGUCAUAGAAGAUGACAGAAUUGAUGAAGUCCUGAACAACACGGCAGAGAAGUCAUCGGCGGGAGUGUAACGCGAAAGGACCUUGUUGAAGCGGCAGGAAAACGUGGGUUCUGUGCAUUCUGCAUCGAAGGCACUUUGCAGUCCCUCUUAGUAUGGGUUGAGUUACACGGUGCGGCAGCAGGCGAGGAGAACGUCCCUGCUGCGGGCAUCCAAAUGGAGGAAGCGGGGGUCUGUCUGCUUUCUCUCUUUAAGGGCAUGUUUCAUAUCCCUUCUUAUAAAGUGACAUCCUACACUGGACAAACAAGUCCUAUGUUGUUUAAUACAUGUGGAGUUGGUCUGUAGUGGUCCAGAUUCAGUUUAUAUUGUGAGAGGAAUGCAUUGAUAUCACAAGCACAAAUCUGGCAACCUUCGUUCUUUAUUUUGCUGUGAGACUGAGCACUUGGUUUCUCCGUAUCUUUUUUGUGCACAAUGAAAGUGUUUUUCACUAUCCUCAAUAUCCUAAUUAUGAUCUCUUGGAUACGUUUUUUUAUUUUGAUCUUUUGCAGAAAUGACAGACUGAACAAAUGUUUUUUUUUUAUAGGACGAGACAGGAAAGACUACUUUUUUAAAAUAAAUUGCAUAUUGUCAUUUUUUUUGAUGUGGCUGCAAACUGCCUGCUUAGCCUGAGUUCAAAAGCUUAUUUUUAUAAUCAAAGAGCUAUUUCUGAAAAGAAAAAAAAUGCUUAUUUGGGUUAUAGUCGUAGCACUUUCAAACGUGGUUGUCACAACUCUCAGUUAAAUGGAUUUUGAUCACUUCUGUGCCAAAAUAUGCCAGUCGACUUGUGUUUCCGUUCACCCGAGUAAUGUGAAGUUUUCCAGGCCUGCCUCUCAUAUAUGUUUCAGGGCUUUUUUAACUGUUUUUUUUGGUUUUGUUUUGCAUGAGACGGGCACAAACGCCUCCUUCUGUGGCAGUGAUUUACUAAUAUAUUUACAGUAACGUUGCUCUGAAUGACAAACCUCAGACUCUUGAAUAUCGUGUAUGUUGCACUUCUCUAUACUGUUAAACAGGGCUAUAUUUGCAAUGAAAUGUAUGACCAAUAAAAUGUGAUUAUACAACAGAACUCCGCCACCCUCCCCGUACACCAUGUGAAAUUUCUUUGAUGGAGAUGAAGCUUCGACCUUGAUUUCUUCUUUUAUCAAUCAUGAUGUGGAGCUUUUCUAAAAUAAAUGCUUUCUCAUAAAAACAGGCCUGCUUUCAGAGUUGCCAGGUCAGUAGCGAGGAAUGCAUUUCGGUUGUUUAACAUGAAGCAUGUGCUUCAGUCUCUUAAAAUGUAUAUUAUAUGUUCAAUACAAGUGUAAAAGAAAAUAAACAAUGACUCUGGCCAAGAAAGUGUAUAAUGAUUGCUCAAUAAAAGUGUAUUAAAACAA